UUUUGGAUCUGGGGCCUCUCUCUCUUCCUCUCUCUAGACCCCAAUCGCGAUCCAAACCCUAACCCUAGAUUCGUCGCCCCUUUUCCCUCCUUCCUCUCAAACGAGGUCUGCGCGGGAGAUUGGAUCGAAAACCCUAGCCGCGGUUGUUCUUGAUUCGGUUCCAAUCGAGCUAGGGUUUUGAGAAAUUCGAAAUUUCUCUCAGAGAUCCGAUUUGGGGCUCUUUUGCGAGAGAAAAAUGUCUCGGUGUUUUCCUUAUCCUCCUCCUGGGUUUGUGAAGAAGGGGAUCUCCGACGAGGCUUUGAUCGAACCGAAUAAGCUCCAAGGAGAAGCCGAGAAGGCCAAGAAAGAAAAGAAGAGAGAUAAAAAACGAGAGAAGAAAGAAAAGAAGGCUAGAGAAAAUGGGGAGAUUGAAGAGAAGAAGCAGCAUCACAAUAAAGGGAACAAAGAUGAAAGGCAGCAAGAUGAGAAAGACGUGGAACAUGGCAAGAAGAGAGAACGCUCAGCUGAAUUUCUGGACUGGAGUACCCUUACGGAAGAGCAUCCGGUCGGUUCUCAGAAUUCUUCUGAUAGUACCCUUAACAGCAAUAACAGCAACAAAAGGCAGAAGCAGAACUUGUCUCCCGAGUGCAGGCAAAAUACCGGGAGCAUUCUUCGUAUCCGGUUGCCUCUCCAAAGGCACAAAGAUCAAGAAGUGCUACCAAGAGAGGAAUUGCCUUCCCAGUUGCCUCCCCACAGUAACAAUGCUCCAGAGGAACAACCUUUUCGGUUGCCUCUCCAAAAGACCAGUCCUCCAGAAGUUUCUCUCAGAGAGACACUGUCUCUUCAAAGGAACAAAGAUUCAGCAGUGUUAACAAAGGAGGAACAGCUGUGCAGGUUACCUCUACAAAGGACCAAACGUCCGGAAGUGUUGACCAAAGAGCCCUGCAGGUUGCCUCUACAAAGGACCAAACAGCCGGAAGUGUUGCCCAAAGAGGAACAACCCUGCAAGUUGCCUCUUAAGACUCAGAAAGAACCACCAGUGCUACCUCAAGAGAAACAGCCUUCUCUCAAAAGGCAAAAGGAUCAAGAAGUUCUACCCAAAGAGAAAAGGACUUGCCUUGUGUCUCUUCAAAGGACCAAGGAUCCAGAAGUAUUACCUAGGGAGAAACAACAGCCUAGCCAGCUACCUCUCCAAACGAACAAAGAUCGAAAAGUUGUACCUAAGGAGAAACAGCUUAGCCAGCUGCCUCUCCAAAGGAAGGAUUCAGCAGUUCUAUCUAAGGAGGAAAAGAUUCUAUGUAAGGAGGAAAAGCCUAGCCAGUUGCCUCUCCAAAAGCAGAUAGUUCCACCAGUUAGAGAAGAACAACUGUGUUCUGUCUCUGGAAGGACUGCUUAUGCAUCUGUACAAGGGAGGUCUGAACCUGCUCCUGUACUAGGAAGAGAUGACAGAGAAAAACCCUGUUCUACUUCCAGAAAUGAGGGCAAGGAAGAGCGGAAGAGCAGGCGAAGAGCAUCCCAAUAUAGAGAGCUAUUUGAGAAAUGGGUUGAACCUACUCUUUUGCCGAGUCUACUGCCCACAGAUGUUGAUGAUGAUCAGGGAUGGUUGCUUAAGACAAAUAAGAACCGAAACUGUGGGGUUGAAAAACCUGUUGCCGCUGGUGACAGCUUGAUCUGUGGUGAAUCAGUGUCCUGGCCACGUGCCCGACUCUUGCCUGAGGUUGAUUUAUAUGCGUUGCCAUAUACUGUGCCAUUUUAAACUUUUGUUGGGAAUUUGAAGAGACAAGUGAGGAGCUGAGAGCUGCCAGUGAUCUUUGUUCUUCUUCAUAUAUUCUUUCUUUGGAGGUGUGGAGAGGUUGUUACUGCUCUUGUGCUAUUUUAAAGCCUUGAAUACCUGGAGGCCAACUCUUGGUUGGGUUUGAGAAAUAGCAACUGUAGAGCAUUUGAGGAAUGAAAGUUUCUUGUAGAAUAGAUGAAAUUUAUUGAUGUAUUGACAACAUUGCCGAUUCUUUAAUCAGUUACAAUAUCACUCAAUUUUGUCCUUUGCC